UAUUGGUAUUUACAAGAGAACGAAAGAAUGAAAUGCAUGGGACGAGUAUAAUUUUGUGCGAAUUUUUUUUUCAGGUUGUUGGUCUAUGUGUAGUUGGUCUCCAAGCCGCAAAAACUCAACAAAAAUCAGUCGAAGCUUCUAAGUCUUCAUCAGACGAGACUCAAAAGGCCAUAAUAGCAAUCCGAAUAGUAGACCCUGAAGAGGAGAAGACCAGUGGCAAGAAUUCGAAAAGAACUAUCGAAUCGGCCUUAGGAUAUGGUUACCGUAACAACCAUUAUGGUCAACAAUCUGCACCAAAAUAUGAAGUUUAUAAAUACUCCCAACAUGAUAUUCCAGCGUACAAUGGACCAUCUGCGAAUUUGAAUCAUCAUACUACCGCAGGAAGAUAUCAGAAUGAAUAUCAAAAUAAUAACUACGAAUCGGCUAGUUCAUACCAACCUGGAACUACACUAUUCUCAACUAUCAACCAAAACGGACAAUUGAGUGCUCUUUCUCAACAAGUACCCAAUUCUGUGGGCCACCAUGGACAAGCUCCAAUUCCUGUAAUAAUAUUGAGAAUUCUUCCUUCCCAACUAGCUACUCCUACCUAUCCUCUAUAUCCAAAUUUACCUCUUACAGAAAACUUCGCACCCUUAAUCAACUCCAUUGAUGUUCGAUCAUUAUUGAGCAAGUAUAUAAGCCAACAGCAAAGUUACCAACCUCAUCAGAGUUAUCAGUCACAGCCAAAUAUACAACCAAAGCCAAGUCAUGAACUAAAGCUAAGUGAUGAACUGAAACCAAAUCGUGAACUGAAACCAAUUUAUGAACCUCAACAAAGUUACCAACCUCAACCAAGCUACCAACCUCAACAAAGUCACCAACCCCAACAAAGUUACCAGCCUCAACAAAGUUACCAACCUCAAGCGAGUUACCAAAGCCCUCCAACUUACCAACCUCAGGCCAGUUACCAAACUCAGUCGAGCUACCAACCUCAGACAAGCUAUCAAUCUCAGACUAGCUACCAACCUCAGCCAAGUUACCAACUUCAGUCAAGCUAUCAAUCUCAGCCACAGAAAACAUAUCAACCCAUAUACCAUCGCAUUCCGCAACAAAAUAACCAAGAAGAAUAUCAGAAUCCUCAGCGAUUCGAGAUAGAGCCUAGAAAGAAUUUACCACUGCAAGAAGAACCAUCGCAAGAUUUAUCCUAUGAUGUUGUGAAAUCUAAUGUUGUGCAUGAAGAAUCUCAGUACCAACCAAGUAAUAAAUAUCUCCCAGGAAACUCUGGCACUGCUGACAAGGAAUUGCUGACUCAUGAGAAUUAUCCGUCGCCACAGCAUACCAGGAUUAUAUUCAAAACUCCUGAAGGUCAGAUAAGAAAAACUCUUGAAUCGAAUUACGAAGUCAAGCCAACGCUGAAGCAGACUGAUUCAGAUUUACUUCAACAACAGCCACAACAGCCACUACACACUGCUCAACAACAACAGCAGCAACAGCUGGACUACCAAUACGAUUCUAGUCCAGAUUACAGCGAGCAAGCUACUGAAUCGGACCAGUAUGUGUAUGACGAUAGUCCUGCAGACGAAGGCCAGAAAAUAAUAUACGUUCCUCUCAGACAAAGUCAGCACCAACAAAGUUGAAAUCAUCCAUGAAAAUCGGUCUUGAAUAUAUUGAAUCGUUAUUACUUUUGAACUGUUAUGCUGUGUACUUCAAGCUCACUCCUAGAAAUGCAGAAUGCCUUUUUGAGGUUUGGAGGGUAGGUAGUUGAUUGAAGUUGAAGCAGGAACAUAAUCUCAUAUGACUAAACAGAAUAUUUAUCGAAUCGUCACAUAUAGGAGUAUCACAGCCACGAAGAGCACAACGCUCACCAUUGGGCGCAUAAUUAAUUUCAGUUUUGAUUCUGACACUAUAUGUAACAAUUCGGCAAACAAUCAGUUUAAAUACGAUGAUAUUUCAGAUGGUAUACAGGGUGAUUAAGGUUUUAAGGUACAAACUGGAAUGAGUGAUGUAUAUCAUCAUUUCAAUUAGAAAAAUUUCCAUUAACAUGAAUCCGAUCUCGAUCAGUAGCGGAUCUACAACGGUUCAAAGUUUGAUUAUUUUUUUUUCAAUUAAUUAAAAUAUCUCGCUCACUUUUGAAGUAAUCGAUUUGAAAUUGGGUGUGAUUAAUACUUCAUAGAAUUGGGUGUGAUUAAUACUUCAUAGAAACUCAUCAUUCCAAGCGAUCGAGAGAUUUUUCCAAUGUAUAGGGUGAUACGUUUCUGGAGGUAUAGGCUUUUUUAUCUGUUUUCCAGUGACCAAAUAAAGUGGAUCGUACAAUUUAGAGGCUUUUUUUGCUCAUCAAUUUUUCCCGAGAAACGAACCGUUUUCGUGAUGAAUAAGUAUAUCAGUUCUGAAACAUGUUGAUUCCAUCUAUAUUUUAAAAUUUCAUUGUUGGAGGAAAUUAGUUAACGCAAUACGCAAAAAAAUGAUCACACGCAAGAAUAUUCUUCACGACAAGUUGAAUGCAAUUUUAUAAUUUAAUUUUUUCAAAUGAUAUCGAGAAAGAUAUUGGAAGAGGAAUAUGGAUACAACUGGAUGACACUUAACCAGUCAAGUGGGUUGACAAAAUUUUUUUCGCGUUGUCGUUGAAUUUGUCGGUUGAAAGCAUUUGAUUGCAUUAAGCGAAUUAUAAUAGGCAACAUUAACAUGUUAUUGCAGAGAUAUUCAUAUUUAUCUCGAAAACGGUGCGUUUCUCGCAAAAAAUUGAAAUGCAA